AUGACUUUAUUAUCCAUCACUGGGCUUAUACUAUUACUUUCAUCAUCCGUCCUUUGCGGUAGUGGAUGUACUGGACCUAUUCAAAUCAGCUCCGGACAAGAGCUGGAUAGUAUUCGUGGCUGUCAAGUAUUUGAUGGGUCCAUCACAAUUCAAAAUAUGACUUUGUCAGAUGAUUUAUUGAAUCUAUCACAGUUACAGAAAGUACAUGGCGACCUCAUCAUUAAUGGAAACGCAGAUAUAUCUCAAAUUGUAUUGGCAAGCCUUCAACAAGUGGAUGGACAGCUUAAAUUCCAGAAUAAUCGACAAUUAAAGCGGUUGGAUUUGACACAAUUGACAUCUGUAAAAUCACUGGAGAUAUCUGUACAACCAGCACUGGACUUGAUUCAAUUUCCUUCGGGCCUUUCACAAAUAGAAACGUUGACUGUAACCGACACAAUUGCCAGUAAAAUCGAAGGCCUUACAACUAGCAAAAUGAAGGAUAUUAGCAUUGCCAACAAUAUCUAUCUGCGUGAUAUUAAUUUAAAUCAUCUGCAACAAGUAGGUGGUGUCAUUUCUAUCUCUGCUAAUUCACCUAACCUCUCACUCGAUCUUUCUUCCAUUUCGAACAUUUAUCAAGGUGAUUUUCGUAAUUUAGCAAGGUUAGUGGGCUUGAAUCAAGUACACCAAGUGACAGGGGAUCUUUCAUUUAUCGGUAACACGUUUGCGUCACUGCUAUUACCCAACAUGUCCCAAAUCGCAGGUACCUUGACUGUAUCGAAUAACAAGCGAUUAAGCAAUUUAUCUAUCCCUCAGUUACAAGUAUUGGGAGGAGCUCUGUCUUUAGCAAACAAUACUGAACUAUCACAUGUACAAGUACCUAAACUGCAACAAGUUGAUGGCACAGUGGAUAUCACUGGUAAUUUCGAGAAGGUAGAUCUACCUAGUCUAGUGGAUGUGCGCGGCGGAUUAAACAUUCAGACAUCGAGCAACAGCUUUUCAUGUGAUGAUGUCAAUAAAUUGAAAGGAGGAGUGACUAAAGGGCACGAAUUUACUUGUAAAUCUAACGUAUCUAAUCCUAAAUCUGGAAUUUCAACCAACAAUAAUACGGAUUCAAAUCAUGAUACGAGUAGUGAUGGCACUCACAAGCAAGUAGGAUGGAUAACAAUGUAUUCCUUUACGGCAUGUUUCAUAAUAAAUCAACUUUAUUAA